AUGGACCCUGACGCAGACCCACGAGGGGACACUUACCUCGCAGGUGUCGUUGCGGACGUGGGUGCGGCCCCAUUCAGCAAGCUGCCCGUCAAAGGGAUCGCCGUCAAGGACUUCGUACCCGUACAUCUUGCAGGAAGCGCAGGAGCAGUGAAGCCCAUCGGUGCGCAGUGCUCGCUGGCCAAAGUGAAGAAGGCCUGUUACUUCGAACCCAACGUGCCCGAUGUACCCGGCGUACGAGCGGCGAUUCGGAGCAGCUCGCCGGAGCUCCGCCGGAGCCCGCGAGAAGACAACGACCGCUCCAGCUCGGUGCACACCCGGUACAUGCAGUUCACCAGUGACGGCAGCCUCCUCACGGAGUCCAGCGCUUUCCGGGAGCAGCGCUCCCUUCAGCGCCUGGCGGCACACGGCCCGUGUGGUCCUGGUCGCACCGUGCUGCGACGCACGAAGCUUCGCGCUCAGCGGUCGGCCAUGUCAGAGCUCUGGAAGAAGCCCCGGCGCCAGCGGAGCCUCCUGGGCGGCGCGGGCGUGGAUGCGCACGCGCGCUCCGAACCGCCGCCGCACUGCAUGCUGCUGCCAGAAGGCGACGACGAGCUCGCGUCGGCCAACGACAUGACGUUCGGGGCCCGGAGGAGCCGCUUCCUCCGCGAAGACAUCCAGCCUUGCACCUCGUUUGUCGGCAUCUCCUCGUCCACCGUCGACCACUACUGCUGCAGGGAUCGCGAUUCCAGCAGCCGCCUGCCUGGAGGCGCCGCCUCGCUUCGACGCCUGGAACGGCCGCCAGCGUCGUCCGAGAGCCGCGGCCGGUGCCAGCUGGACCGGCUUCGGCCCAGCGCGUGUCGCCAACAGAAGCGGCGCCGCGUGCGAGUGAGCUCGUCGUCGCGCACCGACGACUACGAGGACGACCUGCUUCUCGCCAGGCUCGAGGAUCACGCCGCGUGCGCCAAGUUGUCCCUCUCCGAGCUCAGAUGUCCCGCAGGAAAGCUGCGGACCAGCGACAUGUUUGUCGGUGGGGGCCGACGCUGUCGUUCCACGGAUUUGGUCGAAGUGGCGCGCAACGUGAUCAUCUGGGUGCUGGUGCUGAGCGGCACCGCUACCAUCAUGUUCGGCGCAGUGGGCAUCAUCGUGCUGCGCACAGGCUCGGUCAUGUUCCUCAGCUCGGCCGUGGGCUCGGCGCUCACCACGGUCGGCGUCCUGAUGGCCAUCUACUGCACGGACGCCUCCUCGGACCGGGGGCUGCAGCGAAUGAUCAACCACAAGUACAACUAUACAUGA